AUUACUAUUUCUUUGCAGAAGUAAUCCCGGACGGGACGGGACUGGACUGGAGGCGACAACCAAAGACCAAAUGCUCUGGUAUCUUUAUCUUUGGCGACAACAAGACAGCGCACGCGAAGGCCGAGCUCGCCGCGUCACGGUGAAGGAGCGCGGGGUCACGUGGCCCGUGCACCGGGCUGGGGUCACGUGGUCACAGGCGCUGUGCACCGGGGAGGCGGCGGCGGCGGCAGCGGCGCGAGCGACACCGGCGGCGCCGUUAACGGCAGCAGCGCGAGCUCCCCAGAUCCUAAUAAACAGUAAAAUGGAUGAUUUUGAGCCUCUGUUACCUGAUGUCAUUACUGAUAAAACACCUGAUGUUGAACAUGGAGGCAAGCCGGAAUUAAAUUCAAGAAGACCUUUUCAUGUGCCACGCAACAACCUGCAUGGCAACAUAUCCCCAAAUGAGCAGGUAACAGCAGAAGCUUCAGCAAUGAACAGUCGUAUACAGUAUUAUAGCAAGUUGACCACUACGCACAAAACACUGGUACCACCUCAUCAUGUAAUUCCAUCUGAAGAGGAAAUUUAUGUUUACAGUCCUUUAGGUAGUGCUCUGCAAUUUGAAAGCAGCAUAGAUGGGUUUGGAAAGAAUCCCAGCAUAGUGACUAUAUUUUCUAUUUGGAAUACCAUGAUGGGUACAUCCAUAUUGAGCCUUCCUUGGGCAUUGAAAGAGGCAGGAUUUACUUUUGGGAUUAUCUUGAUCAUUCUAAUGAGCAUGCUGAUGCUCUAUUGUUGUUAUCGAGUAGUGAAAUCUCGACAGACAAUAGUUCAUAUCGAUACAUCAAGCUGGGAAUUUCCCGAUGUCUGUAAAUAUUAUUUCGGUUCCUUUGGCCAGUGGUCCAGUCUUUUUUUCUCUGUAAUUUCCUUGUAUGGAGCCAUGAUUGUUUACUGGGUCCUUAUGUCCAAUUUCCUUUACAACACUGGAAUAUUUAUUUACAAUCAUGUUCACAAUAUGUCAGAAGUAAACCAUGUUUUGAGUACAAAUGGAAGUUAUAAAGUUAUUUGUCCAAACCCACCUGGAGUUCAUGUGAUAAAUUCCACAGACAUGUCCAUCAUCGUCAGCAAUGACACAGCCUUCCAUGAGUUUCAGAAGUGGUGGAGUAAAACAAAUGCUGUUCCUUUCUACCUCAUUUUACUAUUAUUGCCCCUUCUCGGCUUCAAAUCUGCUUCAUUUUUUGCAAGGUUCAAUAUUCUAGGUACAAUUUCAGUUGUCUAUUUAAUUAUUUUGGUAACGCUGAAGGCGGCACAACAAGGCUUUCACUUGGAAUUCCAUUGGUUUGAGUCUACAAAUAAUUUUGUCGCAGAAUUUAGAAUAUCUUUCCCACACCUGACUGGAGUCCUUGCACUUGCUUUCUUCAUUCAUAAUUGUGCCAUCACCCUUCUAAAGAAUAACCAACAUCAAGAAAAUAAUAUUCGAGAUCUUUCCAUUGCUUAUCUACUUGUGGGAUUAACCUAUCUAUAUGUUGCAGUGAUGACAUUUGCUGCAUUUCCCUCACCAGAAUUACCCAAAGAUUGUAUUGAACCGAACUUUUUGGACAAUCUAUCAAGCAAUGAUAUCACAGCCUUCAUUUCCCGAGUUUUCCUGCUGUUUCAGAUGACCACUGUUUAUCCAUUGUUGGGCUACCUCAUCAGAGUACAAUUACUGGGUCAUUUGUUUGGAAAAGUGUAUCCCAGCUUUGUUCACGUGUUCGUUCUAAACAUCGUGAUUGUGUGCAGUGGAGUUCUAGUAGCAAAGUUUUAUCCCAAUAUCGGCAGUAUUAUCAGGUAUUCGGGAGCAACAUGUGGCCUUGCCUUUGUAUUUGUUUAUCCAUCUCUUAUUCACAUGAUAUCGCUUCAACGCAAAGGACAGCUGAGUUGGCCAUCAACAAUUUUCCAUUGUUUUCUGAUGGUACUAGGUGUGGCUAAUCUAAUUGCACAGUUCUUAAUAUGAUACUGACCAAAAGAAAUACUAAAUUUUAAGGUGCCUCAUUAAUUGAAUUAUUGGUUUUCCUGGAGAAGAAUUCUAAACUUUAUAUACUGUUCUUAGUUAUGCUGAUAAUUACUGUUUAGUGGGAUAUUUGAUUUGAUCAUUGUCAGAAACAAAGAGUCACAUUUCUCCUUUUUUACAAACCAUUCCAAAAAUUCACGAGCUGCAAAUAAUGUGCAUGCUUUGCACUGUGAUAUUUAUUUAAUUGGAUCACAAUGUCAAUUAACGUAUGGUGCUUCUCAACCUAUAGAAAGGAAGUGGAUUCCAUUGAAUGUAUUUAGCCAAAUAAUCCUGAUAAAACACAGCACAAAGUCACUAAUGCACUUCACAUUAAAAGCACAAUAUCUGUUUAUUUUUUAAAUCCUUGUCCUUCCAAGGGACAUCACUUUUGGGUAACUACAAGUGCCAAAGGAAAUUACUUUUCAGUGUUCUAUUGGACUGAAACAGUUAUCCUUUGUCACUGCAUGUGGUACUUUGGUGUAUCAUGAUAAAGUAGGAACAUUGUCCAAUUGGAACAUUGGAGUGGAUUAUAGAGGUUUGGUCUAUUGGUUUAAAUUGGUAUUAAGUGUAUGAGUAACUUGAUUCGAGCAACCAUCUAAUUUGCUGCUAACCAAGUCCAUGUACAAUUCAUUUUAGUAGACUACCAUUUUGAACAUGUGUGUUACGGGAAACUGUCAUGCUCUAUUUUUUUGCACCUGGUUUUUUCUCACUUAUUUGGCUAAAUGUGUUAGCCUAACUAUUGUUUGGGAACUUGGUAUGAUUUCCAACUUGCUAUUUAUAUUUCUGUUUUGCUUACAUAUGUAAAAGUAUACUUUCAAAUGCUGUACUAAACUGAACUGUUUCAAUGAUGUGAAUAAUCCUGCUAACUUCAGCAUAAUGUAUGAAUUUGAAUCCUGAUAUAAAGAAGUCUUGACAUCUUGUAAAAAAGCUUCCUUAAUUUUGAAUGCCAUUCGUAAAAGUAAAACUAAAAUAUUGAGUUGCAAGAUUUGGAAUAAACCUAAGCUGUGUUGUCCUUGCUGAUACAUUUGCACUUGGCUGAUCAGAAUAUGACUGGCACUAAAGAUGAUUUUUUUUUUUUGUAAUUGUAUUGGUAAUACUUUCAAACCGGCAGGUCAAUUUGAACUACAGUCUGAAAAAUAGGAAAAAGGGAAUUUAUAAAACUCAAUGUAAUUUAUUCUUUGGUUAUGUUAAUGAUACGGAAUGAAUAUGAUCUUUUUUUAAUAGUGAUCAUCCUGUGAUGGAGCACAUUUAACAUCCUGUGAGGAAGUGAUAUUUCCUCCACGCCACUGAAUCAGAUUUUAGCUGCUCUACUCUGGGUAAAUGAGCAACCAUGUGGAGUGGUUCAUUGGCAAUGCUCGUCAUUAGUAUUACAUGCAUGAGAGUAAGUAGAUUCUAGCAUCAGUCUCUAAUGUGUGGAUACAUAUAUCCAUCUACAAUUUAUUUUAAUAAACAAUAAUUAUGAAUGUGUUUGAAUUUUAGUGGUAACCCUCCAUUUCCUCAUUUUGGGAACCAAAUAUUUCCCAAAUAAUUUGCCUGGAAGUGUUGGCAUGAUUCAGUGGUAGGCCCAGGAGCAGCUGAAUUAUAUUUAUACGUGGCUGGAGAUAAGGCAAGGUAUAUGUUUAUCGAUCAAGACAUUUUUGGAGCAUUUUCAUUACCUGUGCUUUAUUUUAAAUUGUACAAUAAUUUUGUGUAAUAUUAAUUUGAUACAGCUCAAAGAAUAGGAUAUUGGAAGAAUUUAACCUCAUUCACAGUUAAGUUGUUUGUAUGACUGUAAUCAAGUGUUCUGAAU